AAAGCGGCUCUAGCGGGGGAGGGGCAACUGAGCAGGCGCGCGGAAGAGGCCUCUGACGCCAGCGGCUCAGCCUCUGUCGGAAGAGCGAGGGCGUUGCGCGCGUGCGUACUCAGGAGCCCGGCGCGAGCUCGCAGCAGCCGAUCUUCGGCGUGGGGCUAUGGGCGAAGUCUACUCGCCAGUGGAGGCUGGGCUCGGGCCCGGCGACGAGAGCUUCCUCUCGCUGGAAGAUAUCCUCAUGUCGCAGGAGAGGCUGCCGUGCCGCGCGGAGACCAUUCUGCCUCGUCUGGCCGCCGCCCUGGGCAAGGUGACCACCGCCUCCGCGCCAGGCGACGCGCACCCUGAGGGCUCAAAGUUGGAAAUUCCCCUCUGGUUGGCCAAAGGCUUGUAUGACAACAAACGGAGGAUUCUUUCUGUGGAGUUGCCAAAGAUCUACAAGGAGAGUUGGCGGACAGUGUUCAGUGCUGAUGCCAGUGUGGUUGAUCUGCAUAAAUUGGGGCCUUACUACUAUGCAUUUGGCUCCCAGCUGCUGAAUUUUGACAGUUCUGAAAAUACUGAACUAGCUCAGACCAUAUUGCAGACAUUUAUUGGCCGAUUCCGUCGCAUCAUGGACUCUUCCCAGAAUGCUUUCAAUGAGGACACAUCAGUGCUGGUGGCCCGUCUAGACGAGUUGGAGCGAGCGCUGUUUCAGGCUGGUCAGAAAGGACUUAAUGACUUCCAGGGCUGGGAAAUGGGCCAGGCUUCCCAGAUCACAGCAUCUAGCCUGAUCCAGAAUUACAAGAAGAGAAAAUUUAUUGACUUGGACAGUUGAGUGCCUGAAGGGCACACCUGACCCUUUCAUGGGGGCAGAUACUGAGGUUGAUGGUCAGCGCUGAAGCAACAAGAGACAAAAGAGGAAAAAGUGACGUUCAUCUUAUGCAUUAAAAAUCUUCCUGGCACCAUCUUAAAAUUGGACCAGAGUAUAUGUCUGAGAAAUGUUGUCUGACAUCACAUGUUGUGCACCUAUGCACUCCCUCUUCUGAGGAUGUACAAGGCUAUCCUGGCUUUGUGUCUGAAUGGAUACAAUCAGCAGGAACAAAUCUUGGACAGUCAUUAACAUUUUAAUCAGUCUAAUUCAGUAGGGCAAAAGGGUGAACAAUUUCCAAACAAUUGAAGUUGCCUCUUGAAGUCAUAGUUGGAAUAUUUGUACAUAGUCUGCUGAGUUACUCUAUUGCGUCCACCAUUGAUUUUAUUUGCUAGUAAAGUGGCCUUUCUUUGAGUUGGGGGGAGGCAGCUCAGAGAUAUUUUAAUGUGCCUCUUGGCGACUAUUCAUUGGAUGUCCUUUGGAAGCAUUCCUGUCCAAGGAGCAUAGCUGCUCUUAUAAUUUAACUGGCAGCUUUUCCAGUCCUUUGAACUGUAGUUUUCUGAAUUGUGUUGGGAUCUCUUAAUUGAGAAUUCUCAACACUUACAAAGCUGCUUCUGCCAGAAUUGAUUGGAGGAAGCCAUAGUAUUAAAAAGCUUCAUGCUUUUAAUCUAAAUGGCAUUGUAUCUUGCCUUCUUUGGGGGGGGGAAUAGUCCACUUCCCUUUUUUCACUUCUCUGUGGCUUUGCCACAGGCUAACAAAAUGGGACCCUCUGCACUAUGGACUGGCAUGGAUCUUCUUACUUGCCAGCACAUUGUAUUAUGUGCCCUUCAGCUUCCUCAGUCUUAAGAAUCUCUGAGUUGUUCCUAGAUUUUGCAUUCCAGAUUCAGUUCCAUGCUUUAUAGCAUCAUUUCAGUGUAGAAAUUAAUCAUCUGCUCAGGUUCCCUUUUAUAAUUUGUUUGGAAUUACAUUUGUAAAUAAAAUUGGUCUUAGGUAUA